AUGGCUCAGCUUUGGAAACUUGUUCUCUUGUGCGGCCUGCUCGCUGGGACCUGAGAGUCUCUUCUUGACAUUCGUGGCAACAGUGUUCUGAGGAAGCUGAAAUCUGGUCUUGAGAGAGGACUUGGCACCUUUGACAGUACAGUUGAAAUUAUCUUUCAGAAUGCGAAGACUGAAUUGGAAUCCAGGUUAGACGAGGUUGUGGAGCAUCAGGAAACUGAGAAUUUCUUGGAACAACUCAUUUCUAGAAUUUUUCAAGUAGUGAGCAGGCUUACAGGGGUGAGAAUCAGGAACGUCCAAGUCUCGGAUAUCACAUUCGAAGCAACUUCUGACAACGGUGCUGACGUGUGGAUCCCCAUCACUGCCGACGUCACCGUGAGCCAGCCUUUUUUGGGUGAGAUUGUCGACCUGGACCUCAGUGUGGACCUCCAAACUAGUGUCAGCAUUGAAACGGAUGCUGAGACUGGUGACUCCAGGGUGGUCGUGGGAGAAUGCACCAACAACCCAGAAAGCAUCUCACUCACGGUGCUGCACAGCCGCUUUGGACUGCUCAACGAUGUUGUGGACAUUGGCGUCAACCUUGCAAGAACGGUGGUGUCCUCUGUAGUGGAGGACGAGCUGUGCCCACGAUUCCGCGAGCUCCUUGAAAGCCUGGAUGCAGAGUGUGUUGAGAAACUCAUUGGCGAGUCUCAGGACACCACCCAACAGGAAACUGAAGGCCGCAGAUGAGGAAACCGCUGGGAUGCCCGCCUGCUGGUGAGGGCUGGGUCCAGGGCCCUGGGCUGAGAGAGGAUGAGACCCCCCACAGGGGCCUGUGGAGAAGCAGAAACAAGCUUGGCUUCUCUUCUUUCUCUAGUGGUAGAGUCAGCCCUGAUCUCGGUCACAGACCAACUCCUGACCCUAAAUCAGACAAACAGAUUGUGCUUGAUUCUGCUCCCUGACUGAGCCCGGAACAGCCAGACUGAGCUUUGACUCCAAUAGUUGACUGAGCCCUGACACUGGUCACAGAUAGAGACCAGAUCGCAUCUCAGCCUGAUCCCUGAUCCUGAUCGUACACUGAGCCCUGAACCCUGGCUCCUCUGGGCCCUGAUCAG